AUGGCAAGUCCCAAAGCAAUAGGGGUUGCAUUGUUGGUUCUACUUCUUGUAGAUCUAUGCAUUGCAGCAAGAUCACCAUUUGCCGCAGGAGGUGGAGGUGGUGGUGGUAGCGGUGGUGGAGGUGGUGGAGGGUCUAAUGGCUAUGGUUCCGGGUAUGGGUCAGGUUAUGGUUCUGGAAGUGGUAGUGGACACGGUGGUGCAGGAGUAGGAGGAUAUGGUAGUGGAGGAGGUGGAGGUGGAGGUGGAGGGGGAGGUAAAGGCGGUUCUGGAUCGGGAUAUGGGUCUGGUUAUGGAUCUGGAGAAGGGUCUGGAUAUGGUGGUGCACAUGGAGGUGCUUAUGGUAAAGGUGGAGGUGGGGGAGGAGGAAGUGGAGGAGGUGGUGGUAACGGAGGUUUAGGCUCAGGUUAUGGUUCUGGAUAUGGAUCGGGAGAAGGUUCAGGUUAUGGUGGUGCACAUGGAGGUACUUAUGGUAAAGGUGGAGGUGGGGGAGGAGGUAGUGGAGGAGGUGGGGGCAAUGGAGGCUUAGGCUCCGGUCAUGGUUCUGGAUAUGGAUCGGGAGAAGGUUCAGGUUAUGGUGGUGCCGCACAUGGAGGUGCUUAUGGUAAAGGUGGAGGUGGAGGAGGAGGAAGUGGAGGAGGUGGGGGUAACGGAGGCUUAGGCUCAGGUUAUGGUUCUGGAUAUGGAUCAGGAGAAGGUUCAGGUUAUGGCGGUGCACAUGGAGGGGGGUACGGUAAGGGUGGAGGUGGAGGAGGUGGAAGUGGAGGAGGUAACAGAGGCUCUGGUUCAGGAUACGGGUCAGGAUCUGGUUCAGGAUCUGGUUCCGGAGGUAGUUAUGGUGUUAGUGGUGGUAAAGGAGGUGGCGGUGGUAGCGGUGGAGGAGGUGGUGGCGGUUUAGGGUCUGGUUCAGGUAGUGGAUAUGGUUCUGGAUCAGGCUAUGGAGGUGGUCGUGGUGGAGGUAACUAG